AUGGCUCCCCAAAUCCCUGGCGCAAGCCUACAAAUAGUCGGCCAGAAGGUGAAUCUCCUCGUGAACGCAAUCGAGGAACUCAGGAAGCUGGGUUUAAAAGAGAUUGAUACCGAGCUUCCCGAGCUUGUCCUUGUUGGGGACCAAAGCGCGGGUAAGUCUACAUUGAUGGGCGCCAUAGCAGAAAUCAACCUCCCCAAAGAUACGGGGAUGUGUACCAGGUGUCCAGCCAAUAUCAAAACGUCUCCUGCAGAGACUUGGAGCUGUACUGUGUCAUUGCACGAGUACUACUGGUACUCGAAUGAUAUGCGGCGGGUGCCAACAAAGGCACAGCCUUUCCCCCCGUGGAGAGCGAACGAUGGAAUUAAUGUUCGUCCCUUCAAGACUAUUGCGGACAAAGCUGAGCUUGAGAAUAUUCUUCGUUGGGCCCAAAUUGCACUGUUAAACCCUAAUCAGGAUUACCAUGCCUUUAUUCCAGGCACCGGUGCCAUUGCUCAGAAUGGUUUGGAGCAAGACUACAAACACGAAGCCGAUUUCAGUCCGAACAUCGUCGCAAUUGAAAUAUCUGGUCCAGGACUUCCAGCACUUUCAUUUUACGAUUUGCCAGGCAUAUUCGUUAGCGCAGCUACGAAAGACGAGCAGUAUCUUAUCAAGGUCUUCGAAAAUCUCGCGGCGAAGUACAUCAGGCACGAAAAUGCGCUUGUCAUCUGCGCGAUGACUAUGGCAAAUGACCCCGGCCUCUCAAGGACCAGGGCAAUCAUCGAAUACCAUAAGGCUGAGAAGAGGACGAUCGGAGUUCUGACCAUGCCGGAUCGCCUACAAGAGGGCUCAACACAUAGGGACUACGAUGCGAUACUGAAAGGCAUGACGCAUAGUUUACCAAGGGGAUAUUUCGUGACGAAGCAGCCUGGCCCUGGGUUCUUAGCACAGAGAGACUACCAUUCUCAAGCACGAGAAGAAGAAGAGUUGUUCUUUAACACAGACCCUCGGUGGACUGGUGAAUGGAAGAAUUACAGAAAUCGGUGUGGCACGGCAGCAAUACAAGCAUACCUCUCUCAGGAGUUUGCGCGUCUAAUCGCGCAAAGUAUGCCGAGUAUUGAUGAGAAAAUAAAGGCCCAAGCACAACACGUUAACGCUCAACUGAGCCGCCUUCCCGAAUUGCCGAAUGACAACGUCCAGCAUGUUGUGCGGCAAUGUCUUCAAGAAUUUAGCAACGGUGUGCGAGACAUUUUAGAGGGUGGUCAUGAUCAGAAUCAAUUCCUUAGUGAUUGGUCUCAGCUUAGCAUCGAUUUUGCGGACGCAAUCCAAAAGAUCAAGCCAAUGUUCAUCAUCACUGACGGAUCUGACCAGACCUUUCCUGAGAUCAUUAAUGUCGACGAUGACUCAGAUAACUCCAAGAUGUCAUCCACGCAGGCUUCACCAUACAAACGUGCAAAUGAGGAUCCAUUCUCGCCAGGUGCAAAGCGCCAAAAUCUCAUGGGAAGCUUUAAGCCCAAGGUCGAAGAGGGUUCAAGUAACAUAAGCCCAUCAAUACCUCGACAUAACACUUCGAAGAAACGAUCGACUCCCUUCGACGCCUAUCUCAACGCUGGCAAGAGAUUCAUGACCAUUGCAGAAGUCCGGAGAGUCAUCUCAAAGCAUAGACGCCCCGGCCAUCCAGACAAUGUCUCAGACGCCGCUCGUGAAGAAAUCUGCCUUCUGAGCAUCCAAUCUUGGAACCAACCCCUCAAAAAGCUAGCAGACACCACAUUUCAUAUGCUACAAACAGCUAUAAUGGGUGCUAUGGAAAGCUCCCUUGGACAAUACAAACAGACAGAUUUGUUUAGAAAAUCCAAGAGAAAAAUCUUGGAGCUCCUGGGGCAGCAUCAAGCGGAGCAGCGUCGAAUCCUCGAAGAAUUCUACGCUCUUGAGACCUACAAGUUGUUUACCGUCAACAAUGAGGACUUCAUUAGGUACAAGACUGAAGAGCUGAAUCUCCUGAAAGAGAAGCGAAGGCAAAGACGAGUAUCUUGCUAUGUCCAACGACAGAAUUAUCUGUCGAAGAAGACCUUGACCGAAACUGCCAAAAUACAACAAGAGAAAGCAGUGACGGAUGAGCAGCUGGGACCUGAUCCAUUCGGACUAGAGAUCGAGACUGCGGCGUACGUCCGCGGUUACUAUAAGACCGCGGGUCACCGUUUUGCCGACAAUGUUUGUCAGAGCAUAUUGGGGAAUACUUUUCGAAAGAUCCACUUAGAAAUCCCCCAUCUGCUCGAGAAUUACCUCGAUCUCAACACGGGAGAUGGUGAAAUUAAAUGCCGCAACCUGAUGGUCGAAGACCACGGCGAGGCCGCCCAGCGUGCGGCGCUACAGGCCGAAAAAAUGAAGCUCAGCCAUGCUGCUGAGCGGCUGGCGAAGUUGGUCGAGGAACUUGGCAUCAACCCUGAUGCCAUGGACAUCGACCAACUCUACGACCACCCCGCCGACGAGCCGAUUCACAGCGAGCAGUCGUCGUACACUGCGGCGGAAGAAUCCAGGCCUUAUCGUAACAGGCUGUUUGUUGAUGACGAUAUCUGAAUUGGGCUUUUCCAAUUAGAUGAUCGAUGUUAUGAUGGAAGAAGCCUUGUCUCGGUCUUCACAUGGUCACCAACAGUAUUUGCGGUCUCUUUUACAUUCGACUCCGGUCCACGGCGCAAUUAAGGAGUUCUCUGGCUUUGCCAACGUCUGUACAACCAGCAACUUGCUUUCCUUUCUCUGUUUGAGGCAUACCAGCUGCUCAGCUCGCCCUCCCGAGAUCUCUCUAGGCUAUGUUAUCACUGGCGGUACUUCUUUGAUGGGAUAUGGGAAAGAUGGAUAAGUGGGAUAUGGGAAAGAUGGAUAAGUCGGAUAUGGUCUUCUAUUUUGUCUGCUUUUCGAUCGUGCUUUUACGUCUCUCCCAAUCUGUUUCUAUUCGCGUUGGGGAUAAUGGUGCACGACUAAAAAGGUUGAUUCAUGGAGUAUUAUAAGCCAAUAAAUAAUCCCAUACU